CCCAGCCAUCAGCUGUUCAGUGUUUGUUUACCUCGCGCGGGGAGAGAGAUCCUCGUGCUCCCGGCCUUGUAGCGGUGCCGUGGCGGGGCGUGUAGGCGUUGACAUCACUCACGGUCAUCGGCACUGCCCAUACACUCAGUCCACCCUGGCGGGGACCUCACCAAUGACCUCCAUGAAAACAGGGUCCCAGACAAGCCAGUUGGUCUGAAGGUGUCUUGUGGUCCAUUACUGCCAUGGCGCUGACUGACCACAUCAGGGUGUGUUGGCAGCCCCCUGCACAGCACAAUGUGAUGCUGUGCGGCUACACCAUUGCCUGGGACCAAGGCGUGGCGGACAUCUACUCCAAGAUCGUGGACAGCAAGCAGCACGGUUACAUCAUUGAUAAGCUGGAACCCAACAUGGAGUUUGUGAUAAGCCUGCGAGCCUUCAACAACGUGGGUGACGGGCAACCGGUGUACCAGCAAGUCCGCACCCAGCCAGAGGAGGAGGAGGUGGUGGCACCCACGCUGGACCCGGCGGUGUGGGUGAAGGCCGUGGUGCUGACGCCCUUCACCGUGGUGCUGCAGUGGGCAGACACCAUGCUGAGCCAGAACCAGUACAACAGCUGCACCACCUUCUCGUCCUCAUCCUCCAGCCGCUACGUCAACGCCACGGAUGUGACCUGCCUCAUUGACAGCCUCAAGCCAUCAACAGUGUGUUUGGCGUGAGUCCCCCUAUAGCCUGGUGGCCUCCAACACCCUGCUGGUGGCCUGACCGUCCUGGCCCUCCCUGGCCAGCCGUCCACCACCACCUUCACCCGGCAGCCGCUGCAGCGGAACAAUGGGAGGAUCACAGGCUACGUGAUAUUCCUCACCACGGACCAAACUGUCGGUGACUGGGUGACGGGGGACUGGCUCACCCUUACCGUCCAUGGACUGACGCCUUCAAGGAAGUAUUUGCACAAGAUGCACUCUCACAAUGUCAAAGGUUUUGGUCCAUUCUCCUCCGUGGAAAGCUUCACGACUUCCAGCUGUUGACAAGAGCAUCGGUGAGCCCCUGGCUGGUGUGUGGAGCGAGAGGCCUGAUUGUGCUGGUGAUCGCUGGCGUGGCAGGAGCCAUGACCAGCUGGGGCCUUCUUGGCCACCACACUGUACUGCUGCGGGUCAAGGCGGAGCCCAGGCCAAGCAUUGUUGUUGGCGGCAGCUGCAGUGAGAGCAACAAGCCUGGCGUCCAGCCUCCAGACCUGUGGAUCCAUCACGGCCACUUGGAGCUGAAGAACUUUGACAAGGGUGAGCGCAGCAACUCCCCCAACCACGCCUCCAUCAUCCAGCACACAGGAGUCGCGUCACAUCACAAUGGGACCAAAAAAGGACGAGAAGGGACAAGACAAGAAGAAAAGGUCUUCUGCUGCCGCUGGUGCCUCUCCUGAUGAUGAUGAGCAACAAGAAGACACUCAAGAACAACCUGCCAAGAAAGUGAAGGGACGAUCCAAGAAGAGGUCAUCGUCUGCUACCGGGGAGACACCCCCUCCUCCAGCCCUCUUGCGUCACCAAUCCACUUGGACACAGAGCCCCAACCUGGUCAUGAUGAUGCUGGGGUGUGUCUUUUGCUCAAAAUCGGGAGCAAAUUCUUGGAGGAGAUUUGAAACUCGUAGUAGAUCCGGAGUUAUCGGUGUAGUUCGUCGUACAUUGUAGUACUUCGUACUUACAAAUCGGGACAGUUGGUGUGGUUCGUGAUACUUCGUAGUACUUCUGCUCCAAAACUCGGCGUACUUCGGGAGAAAAUCAGGGUGAAAUCAUAGUACAUCGUAGCACAUCGUAGUACGUCAUAGCACUUCGGGAAAUAAUUCGGUGUACUUCGGGGAAUAUGCCCUCGAGGUCGACCGAACGCCUCGAGAUGAAAAGAUAAACAAAUUUUCGUAGUGAUUCGGGGAAAACGCUGUCUCCCGAGGUACUACGAUUUUUUUGUGAUUCGGCGUCUGUGAGACCGGGGGGUAAGUGUGUUCUCUCAAAGUUUCCGAUAGUUUGGUCGCUGCUCUCUGUAUUCUUUCCAACUUUCUAAUUUCUUUCUUCAAUGUAGGUGACCACACUAACGCUGCAUAUUCCAGUCUUGGACGUAUCACCGAUGUUAUUAGUUUCUUCACCGUCUCUUCGUCUAGAUAUGUAAAUACUGCUUUUAUGUUUCUAAGAAGAUUGUAUGUUUCCCCAGUUAUCCGAUUUAUAUGCUUCCCAAAGGAUAACUUGUCUGUUAUUGUCACUCCCAGAUCCUUAUUCUUCUGUUUUUUUCAUGAUUCUUUCAUUACUCAGAGAGUAGUUCCCCAAUAUCCGUCUACUGCUCUUACCAAACUCCAUCACACUACACUUCUCUGUACUGAAUGUCAUUUCCCAUUUGCGUGACCAUUCGCUUAUUCUAUCGAAAUCCUGACUCAAGGCUACACAGUCUUCUUCAUUAGCCACCCUCCUCAUUAGUUUAGCAUCAUCAGCAAACAUAUUCAUAUAGCUUGUCACCCCUUCUGUCAUGUCAAUUAUAUAUAUUGCAAACAUAAUCGGAGCCAGCACCGAUCCUUGGGGGACUCCACUGGUCACUUCCGCCCAGCUUGAUUUAUUGCUCUUGAUUACUGUUCUCAUUUCUCUCUUCGUUAAAAAGUCUAUAAUCCAACCCUUAUAUUUUGCAUCAUCCUGUAGGUUUCUCCAAAUAACUUGUUUAUGUGCUUUUCUGGGGAUGGUGUGCCUUGCAUCGUUACUCCCAAAUCUUUUUUCUUCAUGUGCUAACUUUAAGUUUUCUUCUCCCAUCCUGUAUGUCUUCCUUGGUCUUUUUAUACUUUUCCCCAUUUCCAUAACAUGGCAUUUGUUUGCAUUAAAUUCCAUCUCCCAUAACUGGCUCCAUCUAUACACUCUGUACAGGUCUUUUUGCAGUUCUUCACAGUCUUCCUCCAUCUACACUUUCCUUAUUAAUUUUGCAUCGUCUGCAAAAAGGCUCAUAUAACUUUUUAUACCCUUUGGCAUAUCAUUUAUAUAUAUUAUGAACAUUAUUGGUGUUUGUGUGUCAUUUCAGGUAAAAUAUAAGUAUCAAGUAUAUAAAAAAAACUAGUCCUGUUAGGUUUGUGAGGGUCAUGUCACGUGUUUGUGGAGGUCAUCUUAGGUCCCA